GCGCUAGGAGGUAACGACCUGCCUACACGUUCCGAAUAGAUGAUCUAUACUUCUCUAUAUCUCUAACUAAACUGCGUUGGGGGAACAAAAAUAAUUUAAAUGUUUUUUUAUGUUACAUUGAAGUGAAUUUUAUUUCCUGACUUUUGUAUGAGAACAAUCAGAUUACAAAUACAUAUUCCCAUUAAUUUACCUUUGACCUCUUGGGACCACGUGAUCUACCAAAUAUUGAUGACCUCUCCUGCUAGCUAGCUAGUGGUAGCUAAACUGAUGCUAACAUUUCUCACAAUGGAGCAGCCUAAACAAGAGGAGGAAUAUGGAUACGACUUAUUCCCGGAGAGAAACUCGGCAAAAUACAAGGGCAGGUCGCUCACAGAGAGCCUGUUCACGUUCAACCACAAAUGCCAGGUCAUGCUGCAGUUCGCGACGGAAACUAGUCCGUAUGCCAAACUCCUCCUCAGUGCCAUGAAAAGCUCAGGAUGCAAAGUGUUGAAAGACCGACAUUUCUCCUGUGAGGACUGUGACGGGUCAGUCAGCGGUGGCUUUGACGCGGCGUCCUCUCAAAUUGUUUUGUGUCAGAACAACAUCCACCAGCAGUCCCACAUGAACCGAGUGGUCACGCAUGAGCUCAUCCACGCCUUCGACCACUGUCGGGCCCACGUGGACUGGUUCGACAACUUAAGACAUCUGGCCUGUUCUGAGAUACGGGCAGCUAACCUCAGUGAAGACUGCUCCUUUAGCAACGAAGUCUCCAGAUUCAACUUUGGCUUCAAGCAGCAUCAUCAGGCGUGCGUCAGAGGCCGCGCCCUUCGCUCCAUCCUAGCUGUGAGGAAAAUCAGCCGACAGGAGGCGGAGAAAAUAGUGGACGAGGUCUUUGACACGUGUUUCAACGACCACGCGCCGUUUGGACGAAUCCCGCACGGCAAGAAGGAUGCUGGGUUUGCCAACAGAGAUUAUGAGAACAGAGAUCGAUAUUAUGCAAACCUUUAGUGUCGACAUGUUCUCAUUUAACUCCCAAGGGUGCUGUGACUGGCGGUGACGCUGACAAACGUCCGGCGGCAUCAGGAACCUGCUCAGUAUUGAAGCCUCAACAGAAUGACUGUCAAAAACAUUCAAAUCCCCCCAGUAGGGAUAUUUAGAUAAUGAUUUGUCCUUGGAAAAGGAAAGGAAAAGGAGGAAGAGUACAUUUCAUGUUCUACCUUAAUUUUUUUUUUAUACUAAUUCUGUAUAAAGGGAUUGUAAGGUGUGAAUUAUUAGAUGAGGUCCCAGUGACUUAUUUGCCAUUUGUUUUUAUUUGACCAAUGGGUGCUUUUAAAGAAAUACAGGAUUUGAUUUUUGUCCGUCGGUGUUUGCUGUGAAAGUCCUUUGCUGACAAAUGAGGAUGUAUUUGUUCUUCAUCUUGUUGCCAUAUUGACCUCCACUCAUUUCUUGUAAAUAGAGCAGAUUGUGCUUAAAUUAAACCAAAUCAACUUGUGUUUGAAUUAAAGUUUGAUUCCUCUG